GCGGCUCUGCCCCAAAGUUAUAAGGCGCGCUCGCGAACUCGGCUCGGCAUUCGUAACGCAACGAUGAAACCAUCCGCAGCCUGCACGACCGCUGUGCUUGCCUUGCUGCUGGCCGGUGCCAGCGAGGCCCAGCUGAGGGACAGCAGAGGUCAAAGUCUGGACCUGCUCCGCCUGCUGGCUGACAAGCCAUGGAUCGGCCUAGGUCCUCACAACCGCUGGGAUAGGGCACCUCGCAUCGACAUGGAUUUGGGCAACACUGGUGUAGGACCGCGCCUCCCACCGAUACAAGUGACUGACGAUAGGAACUAUCUUGAUGAUGAAAUUAGGGGCGGCUCAGAGAAGCGGUCAGCGGUGGCGACAGCGCUGAACUCGGGGCGCCGGAGACGGCAGCCGACGCCGGCGCUCGGUAAGGCAGUCACGCCGUAUGUCGGCGUCGGAGUGCUAAACGACAUGGGCUCAUUCUUCGACUCGCUGCGUGACAACCUGGAGACGCUGGUCUCCCUGUCGCCCCAGGAGCGCUCCACGCUGUUCCAGGACCCUCCAUCUGUGGUACCAGCACCGGCUUCUAACACUGGUGGCGGUGGCAGCGGCAUCAGGAAGUUGUACGCUCUUCGACCUCUGAGACCCACUGGCAACAUCAGAUCUUACAACCGCAGAUCUCUCGUGGAGGCGGACGGCGGGUACCCGGGUGCCAACCAUCACGACCCUGGCCUGCUGUGGACCGGACUCGGCCGGUAGACGACCCACUCACUCACACGACCACUCACUCACACUCGCCGACACUCACUCACACACACACUCGGACACUCACCCACAUAUCAGCAACUCACAAUACGCACUCAACGACCGUAUCAAAAUGAGUCACGUAUUCCCGCGUAAACCGCCGAGUUUGACGCAUUUGAAACCUAAUUAUUUAGAUGUAAGCGGUGUAUCGAUACCAGAGAUUAUUUUAGCGUUGCAAGAAUACUGCUAUCUGUGAAAUAUUGUUAUGAUUCGUAUGUUAUUUCGAUAUCUGAUCUAGUCAAUUUAAGGUCCUUUUGAAUUGAACAUUCCUUAGUGACAAGAGUACUAAGAGUAGUCUAUUGAACACAUUUGAGAGCAAUGAACCCGCUAACAAUUUUAAAUUCACAUCCAAUAAAAAUACUGAGAAACAGUUCGUUAUAUUUUUUAGUUUUGCUUUUAUUCACAGUUCUAAUUAACUUAUCAUAACUAGCCAUAACUGUCACUUUGAUAAAAAUGAAAAAUAUUCGCAUUUUAUCAGAGAGAUAAUUUAAAUGUGGCUGUAUUUUUCUAGCUAAGUAUGAGUCGCGUAUUUCAGGAAUGUUCAGUUACAUCGGACCUUUUACUAUUAAUGUCUGAUAGCCGAGUCCUUUAUAUCCCUUGUGACUAGUUAAGAUUUAGCCAGGCAGAGUAUAAUUAAUGUUAUCAUCUCCAAUUUCCAUAAUGUUAAGUCUUGUUAUCUAACGUAGGUACUAUAAAGAUCCAAGUUUAAAACGUAUUUAGAUUACUAUUUCGAGAUACAAAAUGUUAUAUUUAAAUAUUUCCAAAAACAGUAUUUUAAUGCUAU